GUGCCUGCUUGAGACAGAACUGGUUACGGAGCUGCUGACGCCCGAUGGGUGAAGAGCUGGUGACUGUGCUACUCACCAUCCCGCAGGAUUUCCUGUACCCAGAGGCCGGAUAGAUCCGUCCUUGUUUGUGCGGCGCACCCGCUGUCCUGUAUUUGGGGUCUUUCAGAAGACCGGGAUAAUAGGAGAAGCUCGGUAACAUGUAUAUCCUGUCUGGAUUGUUGAUCCUAAAGAAAUCAUUGGAGAUGUGUGAAAGAAGAGUGGUAUAGAUUCCAAGGAGCAAACAAGAUUUCACAUAAUACGCUGCAAAAAAAAAAGGAAACUUAAAGCAAUUAAACCUAAUAGAAAACAUAGAGGUGAUUGGUGGUACACAGACUCUUGAGAAAGUAGAACAACAUCCACAAAAUGGCAAACAAUUCCACAGAUCAUCACCCUUCUAAUUCUGUCAAUGACGGCAGCUAUGAAGGCGACUUUGGGUGCAAUGUGCAGGAACUGCGGGACCUCAUGGAGUUGCGGAGUGGGGAGGCAGUGACUCGGAUAAGGGAAAACUAUGGUGGAGUCCCCACUAUCUGCAGAAGACUAAAGACCUCUCCAGUUGAAGGUUUGUCAGGAAAUCUUGCAGACUUGGAGAAGAGAAGACAAACAUUUGGAAAAAAUUUCAUCCCCCCAAAGAAAGCCAAAACAUUCUUGCAACUGGUAUGGGAGGCAUUGCAAGAUGUAACCUUAAUCAUCCUGGAAAUUGCAGCCAUAAUUUCUCUAGCCCUAUCCUUCUACCAUCCUGUAGGGACAGAUAAUGAAGUAUGUGGGGAAGCAGCAGGAGGAGUGGAGGAUGAGGGUGAAGCACAAGCUGGUUGGAUUGAAGGAGCGGCCAUCUUGUUCUCAGUCAUCAUUGUAGUUUUGGUAACUGCAUUCAAUGACUGGAGUAAAGAAAAGCAGUUCCGUGGCCUUCAGAGUCGAAUUGAACAAGAGCAAAAGUUCACCGUUAUCCGAAAAGGUCAAGUCAUCCAGAUUCCCGUGGCAGAACUAGUUGUCGGGGAUAUUGCACAAAUAAAAUAUGGGGAUCUCCUACCUGCAGAUGGUAUUUUGAUCCAGGGUAAUGACCUGAAAAUUGAUGAAAGCUCACUAACAGGGGAAAGUGAUCACGUGAAAAAAUCCCUUGAGAAGGAUCCCAUGCUGCUGUCUGGCACACACGUGAUGGAAGGGUCUGGGCGUAUGGUAGUUACAGCUGUUGGGGUCAACUCUCAGACUGGCAUAAUUUUUACACUUCUGGGAGCAAAUGAAGGAGAGGAAGAGAAGAAGACAAAGAAAGGUAAAAAACAAGGACCUCUAGAAAAUCGCAACAAAGCAAAAGCUCAGGAUGGUGUGGCCUUGGAGAUACAACCUCUAAAGAGUGAAGAAGGUGUAGAAAGUGAAGAAAAAGAAAAAAAAGUUGUCAAGGUUCCAAAGAAAGAGAAGUCUGUCCUACAGGGGAAGCUUACUCGACUAGCUGUGCAGAUUGGAAAAGCAGGUCUUAUCAUGUCUGCCAUCACUGUGAUCAUUCUGGUGCUGUACUUUGUCAUUUACACCUUUGGAGUAUUGGGGCGCCCAUGGCUUGCAGAGUGCACCCCUAUCUACAUUCAGUACUUUGUUAAGUUCUUUAUAAUAGGCGUCACUGUGCUGGUGGUGGCUGUUCCUGAAGGCUUGCCCCUUGCGGUUACCAUAUCACUGGCGUACUCUGUGAAGAAAAUGAUGAAAGAUAAUAAUCUUGUGCGUCACUUGGAUGCAUGUGAAACUAUGGGCAAUGCUACAGCGAUAUGUUCGGACAAAACAGGCACUUUAACCAUGAAUCGUAUGACCGUGGUUCAGGCAUAUGUGUGUGGCACCAACUAUAGACAGAUUCCUGACCCUGAAGCACUGAACCCAAAAAUGCUGGACCUAUUAGUCAAUGGAAUAUCCAUUAACUCUGCCUAUACAUCAAAGAUCUUGCCCCCAGAAAAAGAAGGCGGUCUUCCAAGACAAGUCGGUAAUAAGACUGAAUGUGCUCUACUGGGAUUUGUUUUGGACUUAAAGCAAGAUUACCAAGCUGUUCGUAAUGAAAUUCCUGAAGAAAAACUCUAUAAGGUGUACACAUUCAAUUCAGUGCGCAAAUCCAUGAGUACAGUACUCAGCGAGUCUGGAGGUGGUUUCCGUAUGUACAGUAAAGGCGCCUCAGAAAUCGUUUUACGCAAAUGUACAAAAAUUUUGGAUCAAGGUGGUGAAGUAUGUCCAUUUAAAACUAGAGACCGGGAUGAGAUGGUGAAAAAAGUCAUUGAGCCAAUGGCCUGUGAAGGGCUUCGUACUAUUUGUUUGGCAUAUCGUGACUUCCCAGCGGGCACUGAGCCUGACUGGGAUAAUGAAGCCGACAUCUUGUCUGACCUCACUUGUAUUGCUGUGGUGGGCAUUGAAGAUCCUGUUCGUCCAGAGGUGCCUGAGGCUAUUCAGAAGUGCCAGAGAGCAGGGAUCACUGUACGCAUGGUUACUGGUGACAAUGUAAACACAGCUCGUGCUAUUGCUACAAAGUGUGGCAUUCUGCAACCUGGAGAAGACUUCCUGUGCCUUGAGGGAAAAGAGUUCAACACACUGAUCCGAAAUGAAAAGGGAGAGGUAGAACAAGAAAAGCUGGAUAAGGUUUGGCCAAGGCUUCGCGUUCUGGCACGAUCUUCCCCCACAGACAAGCACACACUAGUGAAAGGUAUAAUUGACAGCACAGUGACAGAACGGAGACAAGUAGUGGCUGUCACGGGUGAUGGAACAAAUGAUGGACCAGCAUUAAAGAAAGCAGACGUGGGAUUUGCCAUGGACUCUCCGCUGAAAGCUGUGCAGAUGCUUUGGGUGAACUUGAUCAUGGAUACAUUUGCAUCCCUUGCACUUGCCACAGAGCCUCCAACAGAAUCGCUACUUCUGCGUAGACCAUAUGGUCGUAACAAACCACUCAUCUCACGUACUAUGAUGAAAAACAUUUUAGGACACGCUGUCUAUCAGUUGACUAUCAUCUUUACUCUGCUCUUUGCAGGAGAGAAAUUUUUUAACAUUGACAGUGGGAGAAAUGUACCCCUGCAUUCCCCUCCUUCAGAACAUUACACUAUUGUUUUCAACACAUUUGUUUUGAUGCAACUUUUUAAUGAGAUCAACGCCCGGAAAAUCCACGGAGAACGUAAUGUUUUUGACAACAUCUUCCGAAACCCUAUCUUUUGUGCAGUUGUUGUGGGGACUUUUGCAGCACAGAUUGUGAUUGUGGAGUUUGGAGGCAAACCAUUCAGUUGCUCUGGCUUAACUUUAUCACAGUGGUUCUGGUGCAUCUUUAUUGGACUUGGUGAGCUGUUGUGGGGCCAGUUAAUCUGCACUGUUCCCACAAGCCGACUUAAGUUUUUGAAGGAGGCAGGCCAUGGCCCUAUGAAAGAUGAUAUUCCCCAUGAGGAACUGCCAGAGGACUCUGAUGAGAUUGACCAUGCAGAAAUGGAACUCAGGAAAGGCCAGAUCUUGUGGUUCAGAGGCUUGAACAGAAUACAGACUCAGAUUAAGGUGGUCAAUGCGUUCCGCAGCUCCCUGUAUGAGGGGCUUGAAAAGCCACAGACCCGCAGUGCCAUUCAUAACUUCAUGACCCAUCCGGAGUUCACACAGCAUGAGACUAGGCCUGAUCCCGAGCUAACAGACAGUGACAGCGAGGGCGAAGAAUCACGUGGUCUUCUGAAAGAACUAACUGUACAGACCCACAAUCACAAUAACAACUCUUCUGCUGAAUCACGCCCAUUGGACAUCACAGUAUCACCGUCUGAAAGCCCAGUGCACAGUAUGGAGACCUCAAUUUAACACCAAAAUUAAAGACCAUUUCAGCUUGGAAUCUGGAUGAGGUCACAGCUCCUUCCCUUGCUGUCCUGUCCUUUCACCGCCCUGUACCCAACAAGCUCACAACUAGCCAUCGUCAUCUCAUUCAAGAACACAGACCUGUUAAACACUAACCCAUACUAGGUACAGGCAGCCUAAAAUGCCUCAUCGCAUCAACAAUACAUAAAGCCAUAAUCACACUGAACCUGAUGUAUCAACGCUAUUCGAGAAAAAGUGUGCUUGAUGCCAGCAGCAGCCAACUAGAUCCAGCUUUCAUGUUAAAAACUGUGAAAAAUGAAAUAUGGCCUCAGAAUUGGUGCAACAAGUCCACUUUUUCUUUGUCUGUUCAAUUUGAGUCCCAUUGUGUGUAAGCAUCAACAAAACAGGUAGCCAUAAAGCCAUAGGCAGUCUAUGUAUAGUAUAGAUUCUUAAAAAUUUGGCUAUGCCAAAAUUCCUAUGAACACAUAACUAUAAAAUGACUUCUUAGUAAAACUCUAUCCCCCUACUCACUACCAUUGUCUUGGUAAUUAUAAUUGUACAUUAGGCCUGUUCUUCCUAUGUGCAACAUUUUUUGUGAUCAUUGUGUAAACAGUCUUCAGCACUACACCUUAUAAUAGAACCAUGGAGAAAUGUAUUUAUUUGAUACAUAUAAUGUCUUAAACACAUACAUAUUCACACAUUGCAGCGACAUUGCAACGCUAUGUUUAAUUAAUUUGAAGAGUUUUUAUGUUUCUAAAAUUUGGUCAUAUAUUCACCUUUACAUCUAUUACACAGGCGCUUGGUACUGAGGUCAUAAUCACAGCGCAUGUGAGUUUUUAGGCUUUUAACUCCCUUUGUUUCCCUUUGUCUUGUGUGUUUGCAUGUUUGAUGACCUGUUCCCUGUCCUGUUGCUCCUUUUAUAUCCUAUAUAUCCUGCUUGUUCUUCUCCUACCCUGUUUGUCAGUAUCCAAAGGUGCCACUUAAAAAGGAAGCUGAUCUUAGGAUUUUAUUUCCAACCAAAGUGUGCCACCCAUUAUUGCUUCACCCAGGCACAGCACCCAAUGCACCUGUCUUCCACCUGUAGGACUGCAUUACCCCACAGCUUUUCUACCCCCAGACUGUGUGAAGCUGUGAACCUUAGCAGCAUGCCAACUGCCAGAUAUCUCCCAGUACCAAGGAGUAAAAACUGUGCCAUUCUGCCAGUUUAGCUGGUGUUUGUACCCCCUGAAGUUCUAAUCCUGAAACCUGGAGGUCACCAAACUCUGUGGAGUGUUCCAGGGUGUGUUAAUGGAAGGAGGGCUACACUGCCGUAGAAAAAAAAGCAUGCGUGUAAUAAAGAUACAGUAUAUAGACAUAUGUGAUUACACAUACAUACACGAACAUGAACAUUGGUACGUUUACAAUCACUGUUCCUGAAUGAGGGCUAAUGAAUUUGUGGAGUUUUGCACUGCUGCUGACCUUGUUCUACUGCCUAGAAAUGCAAGAUAUGGUGGAGCACAGUAUUCAAAGUGGAAUAGUUGGGCUGUGCACUACCAUAUUAACACAUAGUACAGCAGGGCAAUGUUUUUUUCAUGAGACUGACACCGCUCUUUAUCAGAAUUAAAACAAACCUGUGUUGGCCACAAUUUACGUGCAUUAAAGAAGCGUGGAUAGUAUGCAUUGCGGAGGUAACAUGGGUAUUGGUACUGCCUUUUACCUAUGCAUGUGAUGGUGGCAAUAUUUCCAUAUUCACAAGUACAAAAAGAAAAAAAUUGCUUCAACAGAGCAUACCUAUCCAUUUGCUAAGUUGUGUCCACCUCCAUCACUCCUUUUUUUUUCACUGCCAGAAGGGGUUUACAACUGGCAAUGUAGGGGAAGAAAACCCUUCCCUGCACUGGUGUGAGUGGAUUUCUUUUCCCUUUCUUGUGCCUUCUUAUAGUUCCUGCACAACUCCUAGUUUUUAAGUGUUCCUUAUAAAGGGAAGUGUUUUAAAGAUCUCCCCCGGCCUCCCUCUGCAGCCUCUGACACUUCUUCCUUCUCAAGUCAAUCAAUGUCACGGUCCCACCUACCUGUUCAGGAUUGGAAUUUUUCUGGGAGAAUUUUAGCUCUUGGUACAUGCAUUAGUCAGGUGUGAGGAUCCAAUGAAUGUUUGUCUAAUGCGGUCCAAUCAUUCCAGUAAGCUAUUUUUCUCUCACAAGCACUGCACAUAGUAUGGUAAAUCAGUUUUGUCAGUUGUCCGUUGGCUAAGUAAGUGCGAGGAAGAAAUCUAUUGAUUUGAAUUGACGUUCUAAGCACUAUUAAUGAAAUCCUAAGUGUUCAACUUUGAUCUGUAAUAUAUUGCAAAAUACUAAUUCAGUUUUACAUAUUCAACAAAGAAUGUGUAUACUGGCAGCUAAAGGGGUUCAUUGACAGUGUUUUAAUACAUAAGAAAAGAUCUAAUGUUUUUCAUUGUAUUGCCAAAAAGAACUGCAUAUGGAAUGUGCACAUUGAUGGACACCAUAGUACUGUUAACCCCUUAUAAACCUUUCUUUUUUUAUGCUGUACAUUGCAGUUACGUUAUUGAAUUAGCUUCUGGGGAAGUGAUAUAGGUAGCCUAAUAGUAAAGAUUUGCAAGCCAUCUUGAAGCUUCUUGGCUUAGUUGUAAAAUGAUUCUAGACAAUGCAACGCUCAUUGCAUUUCUUUUUUUUUUUUUUAUGCUUUCGGGAGGAAAAAAAAAAAAGAUUUAAAAAAGGCUAUGAAUUUGUUAAGCAGAAAUGCUGGUUUGUUAAUUAAGAGAACCAGUAAAGCUUUAGUGGUGUGUGCACAAUAGAUGAGGAUCCAAGGCCAAUCCCAGAAGGGGCAAUGCUAGUCUCAUGACCAGCAGAUAGAUUAUAGUUCAAAAGCCAAUAGUGUAUUUUUGAUUUCUCACACCACUGGCAGCUCAGUGCUCUGUAGGCAUGGAGCUGUCCUACAGAAAUGUGUUUUUAUACAUGCAUAUAUAUAUAGAUAUAUAAAUAUAUAAAUUAUGUUCAUAAAUGGCAGGGUGUUCUGUAGUGUACGCUUUUUAUGUGCUGAUGUUUUCUUAUGUAAAAUAGUUUUUUCUAUUUUGUUUUCAUGUUGCGUACACAACAGAGAUCCUGAAUUUUUAUUUCUUUUUUUUCUUUGUUGGGGAGACUAUAAAGCAUACAGUUAUGGGAGAGUUUUUUCUGUCAUUUUAUAUAUGUUAAUUCCUUCAUUGCCAGGGACAAUUUGACAAAUGCUGUUAGAGUGUACAGCAGAUGUCUCUUGGCAGUGAAAAGCUUAGCCAUAUGAAAGGUAGUCUUACAAACUAAGUGCUGUGUUGGACAAGGAAAAGAGGAGGAAUGUGUAGGGCAUUUGGAGGUGUACAUGGAGUGUUUUGCAGCAGCUGCGUAUUGGGUGCAAAAUUUCCACCAGAAUCCGUUAACAUUCCAAAUACUUCUGACUGGAUUUGAUUCCCAGUGCUGGCAAAUUAAAUCACAACAUGUAACAGGCAGAGCAGGGCAUUUUUUACGAUGAAAGAGGUUUUUGAAUGGCUGCUAAUUUUACAGCCUUAGUCCUAAUUUGACAACUAAAAGAAUAGUAACAUUUACUUCAAAUUCACCAUAAUCAGUAGCUGCUAUUUGAAUAAUGCUGUGAUGGUAUACAGUGAUGGAGUCUAUUAGCCUGAACAUCAGAGGCCCAUUGAGCUAUACCGUGGUCCUUUCACAACAGAAUGAAGUUAAUGGCAUUUGUUUAAAAUGACCCACUCACAACAGACAAAAAAAUAAAUGUACAGUUCUGCGUUCUAUAAUGUAUGCCGUCUGAGGUAUUGCUCAGAUUUAUUUAAUGCUACCUAUUCCUGGAUAAAUAACAUGAAGUUUAUGUGGCAUUGCAUGCAUUGUGUAGCAGCAUAUGAUUUACAAAUGUGUUAGUUAUGUCCCCAGUUAAUUUUCAUAUAUAACAUCACAAAUGUAAUGCAUAAAUGUGUAAACAGAUGGGCGCUCAAUAUAUACAGUAUAUCUUGGUUACUGACAGCUAGUGUUUCUGACCUGUUCAUGUUUGAAAAAUUUGCCGCUAAUACCAAUUUUAUACUUUGUCUUCUGCUAUAAAAUCUACUGAGUCUUUCAUCAUCAGACAAAAUAGAGCGGAUAGUUGUAAUAAAUUAUAAUAGUUAAAAUCUGAUGCAUUUGUAUUGAAAUUAUUCUACAUCAUAAUGGUCUCAUAAAAUUAAAAUGCAGCUCACAGAACCUUAGGAAUGUGGCCACAUACACUCUAUUCCCCUAUAUUCUCCAUUGUCCUUAAUUUAGACAUAUGUCCUACAAGUCUUUUACAAAUCUUGUAAACAUUUAUCUGUCGCCCGGAAAGAGCAUGCCUUAUUAAACUUGGGUUUUCUUACCUGUUUUACUUUUUUUUCAUUCAGUAAUUGGUUAAACAAACACUGUUAUUUUGUAUAAAUAAACUGACUCUGAGUUUUGUGUUUGCAUGAUAUUAAAGAAAUGCUGAUACAUUU